AUGGCCCCGUUUGACGAGUUCCCGCCAGAGAUACUGGCAGCUGUGCUCGGGCACGUGCACCCGCGCCAACUCGUGGGGUGUCGGUGCGUCUCCCGCCUGUGGCGCGGUGUGGUAGACGGGGCGCCGUCACUGCAGUAUACGCUUGAGCUGUGGCGUUCUGGGCUACUGGCUAACACCUCCCGCACCCCAGCCGGCACGCCGAGCAUGGCUCUGGCCCGUCUGACAGCGCAGCGUGCGGCUUGGCGGGAAAUGCAAUGGGCGGCAAGGCACGUCGUGAAAAUGCAAAGCCCGGCAGUUUGUCGCGCGUACGAGCUCGCGGGCGGUGUGUUUGCACUGCAAGAGUCGGUGGAGUAUGGCGGAAAGCUGCACGUGGUGCGCCUGGCUCAACUCGGAGGGAACGAAGCAGUAUGGACGGGGACGAUUCAUGAGGAGGGGCUCACGGUGGAGGAUUUCGCAAUGGACGCUGCAGAGGACUUGCUCGCUGUGUUCUAUAGCGACGGUGGAGAGGAGGGCACACUGGCUUUGCGGAGUUUGUCGCAGCCAACGAUCCCACACAGUUUGGCGGCAAUCUCGCAAAUCGGGCUCAUAUGCAGGCUCAUACCCAACCCUCGUUGCAGAGCAGCCAGAUCCGAGAGCGUAAUUUUUAGCUAA